AGAGAUCCCUUUCAAAACGUAAGAUAAUGUCAUUGUGAUAAGAUAAGGAAGGAUAAGCACUAAGCAGUGCUAUCAAUGUAUUUUAUAUUUUCUCCGUCAAACCGAAAUUUAUUUCAUUGAACGACAACUCCAAACUCUUGGUCAAGCGCGCCUCUUACCGAAAUUAAAUUUCGAAAGUCAGAUUUUAAAUGUCGAGAGGGGAGCAUAAUAAGUGAGAGUCAUAUAUCUUUAAUCUCGAGCGAGCCCCCGUCUUAUCACCGGUACUGUGUACAUGGUAUAGGUAUACAUCGCCCAUUCAUUUCCUUUCAGUUUCAUGACUCCGUGAUAUUUAAAUAGACCCUUUACACUUUUUCUGACUCUGAUAAAUCCUCAUCCUGCGCUCCAGUUUUCAAGUAUACAUACAGUGAACAAGUGUAACCAUGCAACUUGUAAAUCUUUGUUUUGUAAGAUGGAGUUCAUCAAGUUAAAGUGCCAGUGUUCAUAACCACCCUCUUUGAUCAGAAAAUGGUAACUUAAGACCUGGCAAGUAUGAGUGACAAUUGUGCAUCACCGAGGAGUAAAAAGAAGCAGUUGAGCAAGUUGUGCAGCCUGUUGAUUGCAAAGAAAAAGAGGGUUGGCUGUGCCCACUCAAGCUCUAGCGAAACCGCCAUGGAGUCGUCAAAAUCGGUACCAUCAGACAAUUCUAGUCCUUCUAGUCCUAGUUUUAAAAGUAAGGAGACUCCGCCAGAAGUGCCUGAAAAAUUGGAAACCAGCACUAAUGUGAGCUUGUGUUGCGCUAUGACAGAGCCGAACAGAACUUCACUGUCCUUGAAAGCCAAGAUUAACGGCGAGAAGGAUAAGUCAGUAUAUCAUAAAGCAGUUGAUCAGUAUGAAAUUCGAAGUAAGAACGUAAUUAAAGUUCAUCACCAUAGAUCCCUUAGUUUGGGUAAAUCUGAUUCAAAAUUGACCUCAAACGAUAGUAUUAAGAUUAACAAAAGUCUGGAAAGUCCUGAACUAUCACCUGUCUCGCCAUCUCACAGUGUGGAUCAGCCAAGUAUUCAGCGCAAGUUAUUAGGAUCCAAGUCUUCCAUUGAAAAUAUCUUUCCCUCUAAUUCGUCAACAGACCUGCGCCAAAGCUGUGACUGGAACUGCCAAAAGAAGAGGGACAAAAAGAAACUUGGUAAGUCCCGACCAUCUUCUAUUGCAGUCAUUGGCCGAGAUGCUGAAAAUUCAGACACAAAAAGCAAUGCCUCAACUGAGAGUUUAGUCAAGAAAACUUUAAUUGCAGCUCAUGUCUUGAAUCUUGUACCAGCUGUCAAAGUGAAAGGAAGAAACUAUCUUCAUGGUCGCGUUUCCAUCAAUUCACUCCUUGGACCAGUGGAAUUGGAUAAAGCUCUUCUGAAUCGUGAGAUCAAAAUUUAUAUUGGGACUUGGAACAUGAAUGGCCAGGCUCCUCCGUCUGAGCUAAAUGAGAUGUUCCUUCCGGAUUUUAUCACCUACCUCCCUGACAUCGUUGUCGUAGGAACUCAAGAAAGUUACCCGGAACGAUUCGAGUGGGAAGUUGGCGUUCAAGAGACCAUCGGCCCUUCACAUGUUUUAUUACACUCUACUGCACUAGGCACCCUCCAUUUAGCUGUGUAUAUCAGAAGAGAACUGAUAUGGUUUGUAUCUGUUCCAGAAGAUUCUAGUAUCAGUGUUCGUCCUGGCACAGCAUUCAGAACCAAAGGAGCAGUUGCUAUUUGUUUUUCAUUGUUUGGUACAUCUUUGCUGUUUGUCACGUCGCAUCUGACAGCACAUGCAGAAAAAGUUAAAGAAAGGAUCCAGGAUGUCAAACGGAUCGUAAAAUCUUUAGAGCUGCCGAAAAAUCUUCCAUGCAGACAUAAAAACAAAGAUGGACCAAUGUUAACAGAAAAAAUAGAGUGCUUGGCCUACUACUCUGUGCCUUCAAUUUGUACCUCUGACCAUAAGCCAGUUUGGGGUCUCUAUAAAUGUCUGAUUCGACCUGGAAUAGAUACCAUUCCUCUCGCAGCUGGCCUUUUCAACCGUGAUGUUUACCUGGAGGCAGUCAAACGGCGAGCUACUGCUAUCAGCAAAUGUGAUGGGUCCUCUACUGUCUGUUCAAUUCAGUAAGGAUGACAUUGCGAAAUGUUCGCAAAUUUGUAUUUUUUUUUAGUAGAGACAAUCCUCCUUUUCCUGUAGGUUUCCCCGAGCAUUCCUUAGUAUCCGUCCAUCUUUAUCUUUUAAGUUUUCGUUUUUAUAAGUAUUGCAUAUUAUGUCUUUCAGAAAGCAGCUGAAGUAAAAUAACAGUACUCUGUACUCUUUUUACCAAGUGUUGAAUGUUCGUGCCUGUCUCUGUUAUACGUUUUUUAUUUCAACUUGGCAUUUUUUGGAAAUUGAAAGAAUUUAGUUGUGUCUAAACAAAAUCAGGGGCAGAGUUUCCCAUUUACGACCCAUAAAUCCCCUGAAUUUUGCUACCUCUUUUUCAUCAAGAGCAGAUUCACAAUUCCGCUUCUUGAGACUAAUAGAAAUGUGUUACUACUAAAUUUUGAAAGCAAUGACCUUUUGUUUUUUGAUUUGCAUGGUUUUAGUAAGUGGUAUAAGAAUAUGAAAAAGCAAAACGGAGACAUCACUUCAAUGAUCCGCCAUCAUGUCCGGUGAUUUGGCCGUUCCCCAAAAUUUACUGUCAUAGGCUGCUGCCCAUGUAGCCUAAACCCAAUGCCUAAAUCUGCCCCUGAACUAAACACUUGUCUGUUUUAGUGUGAACUUAAUUCUUCCAGAUUCAUUUUUGUUCCAUUUUAAGAUUUGUGAUGACAGUGUUUGUAUGUAAAAGCAGCAAGGUUUUCUGCCAUUUGUUUGCCAAAUGAAAUUUCUCAACAAAAGUUUUUUGUGCAGUGAUUGCCCUAAAAUCUUAGUCCCUCUCUUUUUUUUUCAUGAUAUGAGGAACAAUAAAUAUGAAUUAACUGCAUGAAAGCUUAUCUUGUGUCAAGUUACGUCAUUCUCAAAUGCUAUGUCUAAAUUUUAUUUGAAUGUUCUAUAUAAAAACUGACAACUCUGCAAACUCACAAACUUUGUUGGUUUUCCAAUUACUUUCCUAGAAAGAUGUGGUGUCAAAUGACACAAAUUUGAAGAAUAUUCAUGCACACAUAGCGUGAGGCUCAGAGAAUAAUCAAAUAUACUGAGGUACUUGCCAGUAUUUGCACUAAACACGCACAGGAAGAUUUUGCUGAGAACAUACAAUUUUUUUAUUUCAUAGUUUAACAGCAAACGUAAAUUCCAUUAAACGAGGGCUGCAAUAUUUUUUACUUAUCUAGGUAGAUUAGUAGGUGCCACUGAAUCGCCUUCCUUAGCGAAACAAAUCGUCUGCUGUAGAUAUUUUCCACUUUAUUUACUCAGAAGUUCUCUUUUCCCCCCACAAUUUUAAGAUCUGUAAAGUGCUCAAAUCAUGGGUAAUUAAAAAGCUUCAAUACCAAGAGUCAUUCAGAAGAAAGCUUCUUUACUCCCCUGUGUUAUUGCAAUUAAUAUAUGAGAAGCAGUUUUUUUUAGAGUUGUCAGAUUUUCUUUUUUUUUUAAAUUGAUGUUUUUGUAUUUUUCAAUGUAUCUAAACGUUUGUCGCACAAGAUGUCUUUAAUAUCUCUACAGAAACACGUUUACAAGUGACGGUUUUCAAGAGAGCAUUACCGCGGAGGGAAAUAAAUUCUGCUUUAAGUCAA